CCACCACCUCUCACCCCCGACACACUCCUCCCACUUCGCCAAGCAUGUCCGAGUUCUGGGUGUCGCGCAAGCGCUGGACGUGUCCGUACUGCGACAUUACCAUCAACGACGAUGUGCCGUCGCGCAUGCAGCACGAAGGCGGCAUGCGCCAUAAGGGCAACGUCGAGCGCUCCCUCAAGGAGACGUACCGCAAGGGCGAGCAGGCGCGCCGCGACGAGGAGAAGGCAAAGGCUGAGAUGCGCAAGAUCGAGAAGCUCGCAGCAGCAGCGAAUGCACUCGACAACAACGGCGAGGGCUCUUCCUCGUCAUCCCUCGCAGCCGCAGCCAAGGAGGCCGCCGCGCGGCGCGAGAAGGAGGCGGCAGCCGGCGCAGCCAAGAAGCCCGCCUGGCGGCCAGCGGACAAGCUGGCGGCCUACUCGAGUGCCGCCUCGCUCGGCUUUGCCGAUGCCGACGGCGAGACGCCCGAGACGCGGGCAGCGCGCGAGCUGGCUGAGCAGCGUGCCAAGGAGGGCGUGGCAGGCGAGUGGGAGGUCGUAGCGCCACCGCCACCCCCGCCGAUCGCGCCACCACCAGCGGCGGUGAUGCUUGGCUCGGAGCAGCAGGAGCGCGAAGAGGCACGCGCGUACAAGAUUAAGGAGAAGCGGGCUGCCUUUGACAGCUACGACGACGACGAGGAUGAGAAGCCGGAGAUCGUCGUCAAGAAGCGCAUCAAGCUGGAGAGCAAGGAGCAGCAGGCGGCGCGAGAAGCGCAGGAGCGCAAGCACCGCCUGCCACAGUGGCAGGCACUCAAGCUCGAGCCGAAGAAGCAAGAGCAGCCAGACGCUGCUGUGCCGAAGAAGGAGGAGCUGGGCGAGCCGGAAGAGCAGGCUGACAAGACAGACGAGCCGAAGGCAGAGCCAGAACAAGCUGGCAGUGCGCCGCCGGACGAAGCAGCGCCGCCGCCUGCUGCGCCGAAGGAGGAGACGCCAGAGGCAGGCGGCAACAGCGGCGGUGGCAUGUUCAAGAAGCGCCGGGCCGGCGCGGGCGCUGGUGCCAAGAAGGUCAGAGCUGUGUAGGGCAGAGCGCAAUAUACCAUCAGCCGCAGCAGGUGCGGCCCAGCGAAG